GUCUUUUACUACCUUCAUUACGAUCACAGUUCGCGAAGGGAGCUUUGUCGAAGAUACUUUGUGACAAGACUGCUUGCCCCGAUUGGGCACAAAAUUUACCGCAUUUUUUUUUUUUUUGCCUAUGCGUGCAGUUUGAAUUGAGACGCUUGGAAGACCUUAACAUGUUGACAAUAGAAACCAUUCCGCAGAACGUCUUGAUAGAGUUGGCAUUCUCUUUGGAUCCAGCGGACAUUGCCCGCUUAGCACAAACAUGCAAAACUUUCUUUCAAAUCUACUCUAGUAAUGAGUUGUGGAGAAGCAAAACUCAUCACGAUUUCGGAAACUUGUUUGCUGUGUAUCACAUUCUUACAACUUCUGGUUUGGAGCUUGAUCCAGCUUUAGGCGCUAAAUUUGCCAAUGAACCAAGUAAUUGGAGGCAGUAUUAUAUCGAAAAAAACAAUGCUGUAAACGGAACCGACGCUCAGAAUAACGCUUUACUCCACGAAGGCGAAGAAGAGUAUAUCAAAGCCCAAAAGGACCUUCAAUCGUUCCAAGAUAGUCAAGAUGUGACGAUCUUGAGCCGCGUUGCUUCCAAGCUAGUUUGGAUUCUAGAUGUGUUCCCUGGUCAUGCUGGAUGUUACCACCUUCUUGGAUUUAUCCUGUAUAUCCUCAAUAGGUUGGAAGAGGCGAUGAUGUUAUUAGAUUUUGGUCGAACUGUCGACCCCGAGUAUGAGCCUAUUGAUGACUUAGAAGAGGAGAUCUCUAAAAUUCUUAAUGGUUACAAAGGGAGCGAAGAAGAGGAACCUUUAAUUAAAGAUCACGAGCUAACACCAAAGCUUGCCGAAGUGCUGAGUGAGAUUUUCGAAACAUUUGACCAAGAUCAUGAUGGCGCACUCAACAACCAAGAACUUGGCAACUUCAUCUUUACCACAAACGGAUCCCAUCCUCCUCCACAAUUUCUAGUUCAAAUUGCUCAAAGGUUUGGUGGAACAGAACGCUAUUGGCUUACAAAGGAUGGAUUUUUGGCAUUUUAUUUGGAGCAAACGUUAGAUGACCCAACAGAGACGCGGAGUGAUUUGUCAGUACACGGUUACGAUGGACAAACGUUACAAAAGAUGAUGCAAGAAUAGACGUACUUCAACAAACUUGCAUUUCCUAGAGCCACCAAAUUUCAACGAUUCUCUCGUCGCUUUCUUUGGGAGGAGAGGCUUUUUAUUUUUUCACAAUUCAC